UACUUUGUACAUAAUUUGAAGCGUUUAUCAUGUUAUUAACUCAAGUGUAAAUAUGUGUGUGCCAAUACGAAAUUCCUGAAUAAGAAUGAAAACUAUUCCUUAAAUAUUUCAAUCUUUUAACUUUAAACGUAAAAGAAGGGAAAUAGAUUAAGGCAAGAUCAUCAUGUAGAACGCACGGCCUAAAGAAUUAAACUUUAACUAUAAAUAGUCCCAGUUAUGGGCUCACAGACGGACGGGUAAACAAUGGGAUGCGGGCAGUCAGCAACACAUGUUAGUGACAUCGGUCCAGGCGCCGUAAAUGGGGUCCCUAAAGCUAAACCAAAGAAAGGUAAAAAGGAUCAAAACAGACCUGCCGAACCAGAGUCAGAACCAACGAAACCAAAGUCAACCUAUGCCAACUUUCUUAGUAGCCAUAACGCUAAACUUAAACUCGAAACCGAGUCAGCUCUUCGAGGGGUGGCCUUUCUAAACAACGGUUUCCUUGUUGUCGCAGACUACCAUAACAACUGCCUGAAACUGUUUGAUGCCAGUUUCCAGUAUCUCACUAACCUAGAGUUCUCGAGCGCGCCUUGGGAUGUUUGCUCGGCUAAAGACGGGGAAAACCAGUUGUGGGCAACGGUACCUUACACACGGCAGGUCCACAGAGUGGCAUUGGAGUAUGUCAAUGAUAAGCCAAUACUUGUUGACGUGGAAUCGUUCAAAGCUCAGGGAUUCUGCUGGGGUGUCACUUGUUUUGACGGGGGCGUCGCCGUCAGCGUGAAAGUCUCCGUGCCCCCUAACGCUUGGCCCAAGCCGCCAGAAUUCCAAGUACACGUGCACGAGUACGACGGAACCUUUCGGCGCUCAAUACUCUACGACCCCGAAACCGGAGGUGCUUUCUUUACGGAGCCGAAGUUUUUGAACGUUACUUACGACGAUCUGUUUCUUUUAGUGUCAGAUUAUAAGCUUAACUCAGUGUUUUGUGUAAAUAAUGAAGAUGAACUCAUUUUCGCUUACGCCGGGAUGCAAAGCCCGAACGGCAUCGCGAUGGACGAGAAUAAGGAUCUUCACGUGACCAGCUUCUUCGGGAACCAGCGCGUGCACAAGGUAGGCGCCAACGGGAAGUACAAGGACGGUCUUCAGGUGGAUGAGGGGCGGCCCCUGUUUCCCCACAGCAUCUGCUACCGGAAGAAAGACAGAAUCAUCGUGCUUACCACUGAACACUCGCUGGAAGUGUAUAAACUAGUUUAAGUCUGUGAUAAUAUUGUUAACUGACACUAGGCAAUUAUUUAAAGAUGUUUUGUUUGAAGCGGCCCAACCGAAACUUUCUUUAGUGGGUCAGUAGACACCAAGUCACUCUUGAACCAUUUUAAUGACAACAUGUUCUAAGUUGGGUCAAUUAUGGUGAAUCGGUCGGGCCAUUUCAAACAUAAUUUUUUUAAAGAUGAUAUUCUUCGUAUGAUAUCCAUUAUUAUCUAUGCAUUAUUAUGAAGUUACGUUACAUGUGUACAUGCUACCAUUGCCAUACUUGCAUUUGUAGGUACUGCAAUCUAGUCUAGUUAAGCUUUUCCGCGUUUGCCUGGUUUUCUUUAAUCAGGUGGCCAACCGAUAUUAAUGUAUUUUGCUAAUAUUAUGUAAAUUAUCUUAUGUGUAAGUAGUGAGGGUAUUUAUUUAAUAAAAGGGAGAUAAACAUG